GGGCGCUGUUAAAUUAUCCACUCAGAAAGCGGAGUCGUCGGUUUUAGCCGCGAGUUUUUGUUUUUGUGUCGUCGGCCACAAAACCGUGAACUUCAUUGUGCCACAGCCGCUCAGAAAUGUUAAAGGACGAGGAAACCCGUCAGGGGCUGAAGGCAGCGGUUCACUACACGGUGGGCUGCAUGUGUCGGGAGCUCGGAGAGGAGCACCGGAGGGAGUUCAGCCGGCAGACCGUGGCAGCCAUAGCCGAGACCGCGUUCAGAGAGUGCGACAUAUUUGCCAAAGAUCUAGAAGCUUUUGCGAGACACGCUAAAAGAAGCACGGUGUCUGCAGAGGAUGUGAAACUUCUAGCCCGUCGCAGUGCUGCUCUGUACAAGCACAUACAAAAUAAAAGCGAAGAACUGGCGCGGGAGCAGAGAGAUUCCAGGAAGAGGAAGAGCAGAGACACCGAGGAGGAGAGCAGAGAAUGAGGACAUGACACAGGGAAACCUGCGGUGGCUGACAUGCGCCCAACAUGCAAAUACAAACCAAGGCUUGACCGCUUCUCAAAGGCCACAGACUGACAAAAAAACUAAACUCAUCUCUGUUGGUUUGACAUGAAGUGAACAUCAGCAAAAAAAAAAAAAAAAAAA